UUAAAAUAUAUUUAAAAUUGAUGAUGGUAUAAAUUGAUGAGAAGAGAGUUGGAGAAGCAGAGGAGAAUGGAGGGCGAGGGAGAGUUGAACCAGGCAGUGCAGCAGCAGCUGAAUCUGAAGCAGGUGAAGAGCCGCGCUCUGAGUCUCUUCAAAGCCAUCUCUCGUAUUCUCGAAGAUUUCGACGUCUACGCUCGCACCAACACCACUCCCAAAUGGCAAGACAUUCUCGGCCAAUACUCCAUGGUCAACCUCGAGCUUUUCAACAUCGUCGACGACAUGAAGAAGGUCUCCAAGGCCUUCAUUGUCCAUCCCAAGAACGUUAACGCCGAAAAUGCCACCAUACUGCCUGUUAUGCUUUCCUCAAAACUCCUCCCUGAAAUGGAGACGGACGACAUCUCUAAGAGAGAUCAAUUGCUUCAGGGGAUGCAAAACCUCCCAAUUGCUACUCAAAUUGACAAAUUGAAGGCCAGAAUUGAUAUGAUUGCAGCAGCCUGCGAAGGUGCUGAAAAAGUCUUGGCUGACACUCGCAAAGCCUAUUGCUUUGGAACUCGUCAAGGCCCAGCCAUUGCCCCCACUCUGGACAAGGGUCAGGCUGCCAAAAUUCAAGAACAAGAAAAUCUACUCCGUGCUGCUGUCAAUGCUGGUGACGCAUUACGGAUACCAGGAGACCAGAGACAGAUCACUACUGCACCCCCAAUGCAUUUGGCUGAUGCACUUCCUGUCAAUGAGGCUGCACAAUCUUUUCCUGAUGGAUCUAGUAACAAUCUGUUUAUGAAGAGUACCCCAAUGCCAUCAAACAACAUGGGUGGCCAGAAUUCGUUGUUACAGACAUCUGGAGCACAACUUCUGGGAAGAUCAGCAGCGUCUCCUUCUGCUGCAACCAGCACCACUACUUUUGACAAUACAACAGCUUCACCAAUCCCAUAUGCUAAUUCACCUAGGUCUUCUACACAUAUGAUGAAUACACCAUCCCCUCAACAACAAACCCCACAACAGCAGCAACAACAGCCACCAGUGCAGCAGCAGCAACGGCAGAAACUGAUGCAGUUACCUCAACAGCAGCAGCAACAACUUCUUGCUCAGCAGCAACAGUACAGGCAAUCUGCAAUGCAAGGACUGGGACAGUUGCACGGACAACAUCAGAUGCAAUUUUCUCAACCACUUGGGCAUCAGCAAUUUCAGGGUAGGCAGCUGCCUUCAGGACAUGUUCAGCAUGGCAUUGGUCAAAGCCAACUCAAUCAAGGAAAUCAAAUGACUCGAUUAAGCCAGUUUUCCGGUCCUGCUAACAGUGCACUAUUCAGUGCUGCUCAAACAACACCUAAUACCCAAAUGAUUCCAAACGUUUCUGGCACAUUAACUUCACAGUCUUUUCUCUCACGGGUGCAGUUUGGAUUAUCUGGAAACAACCCUCAGCGAAGUCAUGCUUCCCAAAUGUUGAGUGACCAGAUGUUUAACAUGGGAGGUGGCAAUCCUGGUGGUAUGAUGUCCAUACAGCAGCAGCAGCAACAACAGCAACAACAUGGUUCACAAGCAUUUGGUAGCAUGGCAUCAAAUGCUCAGAAUCUACAAUCUGGGAUGGUGACACUUCAAAACGCACAACAGAAUCACCCCAAUUUCUCUCAACAGAGGCAGCAAAAUCCACAGUGAUUAGGAUUCGGCACGGAUGGUUUUGGUUUAGAAAUAUGGUUCACAAAAACUGAAUCAAACUUUUAAUUAUUUUUUGGGUUACCAAAUUGUUUUUAAUUUUGUUAUAAAAAAAAAAAGAAAAAAGAACUGAACUGGAAAAAACUGAAAAACUGGUUAGGCUAGUUCGGUUAAAGGGUUAAUUGGAUUUAUGCGGCAGGCUUGUAUAAAUGCAUUACAAUAUUGUAAACAUAUAUUAUAAUUUAGAAAAUAGUUUCUGCGAAGAGCA